CUCCUUCACCCGAUUGACAUCGACCCGACACAAUCAUGGCAUAUAAUCGAGGAUAUUCGGGCAACCCCGACGCCCUUCCAGCGUAUGAAAGCAUUCAUUUACACGCAGCGCCAUGACGACCCGGCUGAUCACACCCUCUCUAGACACGCCGAACCCGAGCAGGCAGCGGCCAUGCUUUCGCAACAUCCUCAGAGACAAUCCUCUACAGCCAGCUACCACAACAAGCCUCAGCCACCGCCGCCUCAGCAGCAGCAAUCAUACUCUCGCCCACCUGGCCAUCAGUCUCCCGCCAUGGGCUCCGCUCCGCAACGCUACGACAACUAUCCCCCGCCUCAGCAGCCGCCGCAACAACAUCAGCGAUACGGCAGUGGAUACGGCCCAUCUCCCUCUGCUCCCAGCGGCGCUCCUCCUCCGCGCCAAACCCUCACCUCGCCCCCACCACCGGCAAACUAUGGUCAGGGCCCUCGACCUUCGGGUUACCACAACCGUCCUCCGAUUCCUCAAGCUCAACGUCCGCCUACUGUUGCGCCGCCGCAAAACCCUGACCCUAACAGUCGUGAGGCAUUGUGGCCGCUAUUUGUGGCCGUCGACAAGGAGCGCAAUGGUCAGCUGAGCGAGUCAUCGCUGCGCAAUGCUCUGGUGAACGGCGACUACACAGCCUUCGACGCACACACUGUGCGCAUGAUGAUCCGCAUGUUUGACACAGACCGUAGCGGUACCAUCAACUUUGACGAGUUUUGUGGCCUAUGGGGAUUCCUGGCUGCCUGGCGCAACCUGUUUGAUCGUUUCGACGUGGAUCGCUCAGGUAACAUCAGCUUCCAGGAGUUUGCUGAUGCUCUCGUCGCAUUUGGCUAUCGCUUGAGUCCUCAAUUCAUCCAGCUACUGUUCAACACGUUCGCCAGAACGACGCGCGGCCGUGGCGAUGAUUCGUACAGCGGCGGACGCGAGAAGACGCUCAGCUUCGACCUGUUCGUACAGGCAUGUAUCAGUCUGAAGCGCAUGACGGACGUCUUCAAGAAGUACGACGACGACCGUGAUGGAUACAUUACUCUUUCGUUCGAGGAGUUCCUCACAGGUGCGCAAAGCCUUUUCCUCUUCAACUCCAUAUCCCCCGUAACCGAUAAUGGCCUGUACUGAACCUUUUGGAAGAAAUCUUACGACAGCGAUGAUGCUUUUCUAUACUUUUGACCGACUCUCCAGCUGGUUGGAAACGGUCGAGCGACAGGAUGGGACAUGUCAAAUGUCGACAUGGCGGAGAGACGAGCAGUGGG